CUUGGAAGGCUGCUCAUCCCUGUGACAGUUUCACUCCUCUGACCCACUGACACCGGCUCCCACCAUGACCCAACGAUCCUCUAUCACCAUCAAGUCAGGAGGCUCUCGGAACUUCAGUGCUUCCUCAGCCAACCUCCUCUCAGGCUGCCGGCCCAGCUUCAGUUCCAUCUCCAUGAUCCAGAGUGGGAAGAGUUUCGGGGGUGGCUUCGGAGGUGGCUUUGGAACCAGGAGCCUCCAUAGCUUUGGGGGUAACAAGAGAAUCUCCAUCAGCAGUGGCUACCGCUCCAACCGAACCAGCUUUGGGGGUCUUGGGAGCAUAGGGUGCAGAGUGGGAGGAGUUGGCAGUGGCUAUGGGUUUGGAGGUGGGAUGAUGUCUGGCGCUGGAGGUAUCCAUGAGGUCACCGUCAACCAGAGCCUCCUGACUCCCCUUCACCUGGAGAUCGAUCCGUCCCUCCAGCGGGUGCGAAAGGAGGAGAAGGAGCAGAUCAAGACCCUUAACAACAAGUUCGCCUCCUUCAUCGACAAGGUGCGGUUCCUGGAGCAGCAGAACAAGGUCCUGGAGACCAAAUGGAGCCUCCUGCAGGAGCAUAAAGCAACCAGGGCCAAUCUCGAGCCCAUGUUUGAAGGCUACAUCAAUAACCUGAGGCGGCAGCUGGACAGCCUUGGGGGAGAGCGCUCGAGGCUGGAGGUGGAGCUGAAGAGCAUGCAGGAAGUGGUGGAGGACUUCAAGAACAAGUACGAAGAGGAAAUAAACAGGCGCACAGCAGCUGAGAACGAGUUUGUAGUGCUCAAGAAGGAUGUGGAUGCUGCCUACAUGAACAAAGUGGAACUGGAGGCCAAGGUGGAAGCCUUAAUGGACGAGAUCAACUUCCUGAGGUCUUUCUAUGAAGCGGAGCUGGCACAGCUUCAUGCCCAGAUCUCUGAGACUUCCGUGGUCCUGUCCAUGGACAACAACCGCAAGCUAGACCUGGACAGCAUCAUCUCUGAGGUCAAGGCCCAAUACGAGGACAUCGCCAACCGCAGCCGGGCCGAGGCUGAGUCCUGGUACCAGAUCAAGUACGAGGAGCUGCAGCGGUCUGCUGGCCGGCACGGGGAAGACCUCCGCUCCACCAGGAUGGAGAUCUCUGAGUUGAACCGGGUGAUACAGAGACUGCGCUCUGAGAUUGAAAACGUGAAGAAGCAGUGUUCCACGCUCCAGGCUGCCAUCGCCGAUGCUGAGCAGCGUGGGGAGCUGGCUCUCAAGGAUGCCAAGCACAAGCUGGCUGAGCUGGAGGAGGCCCUGCAGAAGGCCAAGCAGGACAUGGCGCGGCAGUUGCGUGAAUAUCAGGAGUUGAUGAACGUCAAGCUGGCCCUGGACAUUGAGAUCGCCACCUACAGGAAGCUGCUGGAGGGCGAGGAGUGCAGACUCACUGGAGAAGGUGUCGGGCCCGUGAAUAUCUCCGUGGUCUCCUCCUCUGGGGGCUCGGGCUACAGCGGGGGCGGCGGCCUCUGCGUGACCGGGGGUGGCUAUGGCUUCGGCAGCAGCGGCAGCAGCUUCAGCUCCACCAGCGGCCGCGGCAUGAGCGGCACCAGCUCCAGCAUGCGCAUCAUCUCCAAGACCUCAUCCAGCAAGAGUUACAGGAGCUAAAGGGCCCCUCGCUCUGCUGCCUCCCCUCUAAGGCCCCCGGCCCCCAGGCCUAAGACCCACCGCUUUGCUGACCCCCAUGCACUGAAUCACAAGAGGCACUGGGAGCAAGGAAGUAGCCUGUGAAUCCCCAGCUCACCUGUUCAUCCCUCUGCCUCCAAAUAAGUUCCCGCAAAGGUACCCCACUUGCUCCUCAUCCCAGAGCCCUCCAGGGCCCACAGGCAUCCAUUCCAGCUGCCAUAUGCCAAGAUCUGAGCUGGGGCAUUCCUUCAGGAGCUCCCUCCUGUCUGACCCAGAUCCCCGGCAGCCACAAUCCUUUCUGGGGUUGCUUAGAGCUGACCUUUUACCCCCAGAGACGCUGAGUGCAGUCCGGGCCUGCAUUUCCCACCAUAGACAGAACACUUCUCCUGCUUCCGGUGCCUGCCUAUCCCCUCAAAUUGCUUCAAUAAAAAUGUCACCGAGCUC